ACAGCUAUAAAAAGAAACACAUGACUGGGAUGACAGAGAGAACUGAUCCACUGUAAGAAGAGUUUGACUGGAGAGCUCCUUGCGUCACCAGUUACUGUACUAGUACAGAGUGCAGACUUCUGCAACAUGGGUGGUGGAUAUCUCUUAAUUGAUGAUGUGAAGAGAACUGAGAAGAAGACAAACACAAUAUUUGUCUUGAUGUUGAUUCUCUGUCUUCACUUUGGACUGGUGAAACAGAACAAGAUUUUCCCACUGGACAUGGCACCUGAUUCUGUUGAUGACAAAUAUGAUGGCUGCAGAGACGAAGCCUUUAAGAGGGUGGAUAGCUACUAUCUCCCACAUGAGAAAAACACCACCACUAACUUCAUAAAAGCCUGGGACAUAGCAGAGAAACAUGCAUCCAUUCCAAAAGAUGGUCUGCAAAAAGUGCAUUCCAUCUCUAUGUAUUUGUACACAAAUAACAAACCCCAACCUCCCUCUGAAUCCAUCUACCUAGACUUCAACGAAGCAAUUAGACAAGGCAGUUAUGGGUAUGGAACAUCAUUCCAGUACCAUUCCCUGCACUUCUAUCUAACUGACGCCAUUAAGAUUCUCAAACAAAGUCAAACAACAUGUAGGACCACCUACCUUAGAACCAAUGUAACUUUUGAUCUGGAUGUUAUCAACAAAGAAAUGCGCUUUGGUUAUUUUGUCUCAAGUUCUAUACAUAAGACCUUAUACGAUUUUGGAGACACAUCCUGCUUUGAGAUCAACACAUGUUUUGGUGUUAACCUGACAUAUUACUCUGCCUAUGCAAACGAGGGGGGAGUUUUGAUUCCUCCCUAUGAGGUAUUCAAAGUCACCAACAUCCAGACAAAGUCAGCAGUCAGUAACCUGUGGUGUAAAGUCGUCUACACUCUAAAGAGCACUGGGAAAUGGAAGAGUGACCUGAAUUGUAAAGCAAUAGAUACAGGCUACUGCUACAUAAAGCUAUUAACUGUGUUCAUAGUCACAAUAGUGUUCAUAUAUUUACAACACUAAAAUAGGUAUUUAGUCAGACAGCAUAGGCAGCAGCUCUAUAGAGAUGAGAUGAUGACUUGGAAUGACAUACUCAAGUCAUAAAAUAAAACCAAUGUAACUGAAAUAUUUAAUUAAAGUAAUGUGAAUAAAUGAUGGUUAAAAAUGAUUAAGUGAUAAGCAGUAAUGGUCAGUCACUACCAUCAUGGGACUUUUAUUAAUAGUUUUAUUACGUGUUCUUACAUCAUUCAACCCACAUAUUGCAUAGUGUAUUUAAUGUUUAAAAAAAUAAUGAUUUUUUUUAAAUUAUCAAACAAACCGAACCAACCUCAAAAAGCACUAAUCGUUCAGCACUACUAGCUAUCAUAGAACCAAAGUGUUAUUUUGAUCAGAACAUUGUCAACAAAAAAGAUUAGGCACAUUCACCUCGGACACUCUAUGCAGGGAAAAAGACAGAGAUUCAUUUGGAGAAACGUCCUGCUUUGAGAUCUCCACAUGUUUUGGAGUUGACAUAUUAUAUUACUCUGUAUUUACAGGAGAGAGAGAAGUCUUAAUUCCUCCCUAUGAGGUAUUCACAGUGACAAACAUCCAGAUGAAGCCACCAGAGAAAAAACUGUGGUGUGACGUCAUCUACACAUUAGAGACCACUGGACUUUGUAAGAGCUGAACUGCAAAUUGGUGGCAAAAUUUAUCAGAAAAGUAUUUUUUUUUACGUUUCUUUUACGACCAGCUGAUACAGGCAACAUAAUUCUCUUUAAUUAUGUUCUGUAUAUUACUGAUCAUCCUCCCAGCAAUGUACAACGGGAAGUCAUCUGAAACAAAGAUAUCUUUGUCUCGUCCUGACCCUAGUAAGAUAUCAUUUUCAUUAGUAGAGUAGGACAGGGCAUGACAGGGGGUGUUUUUGGUUGUUCUAUGUUUGCUAUUUCUAGGUUUUAGUUGUAGUUGUUCUAUUUCUAUGUUGGGAUUGUUUGGGGUUGAUCUCUAAUUGGAGGCAGCUGAUCCUCAUUGCCUCUGAUUAGAGAUAAUAUUUAAGUAGGGGUUUCUCCUCUUACUGUUUUGUGGGUGAUUAUCUUUUGAGUAGUGUGUUUCUCUCUCUCUGUGUGUCACGGUUUGUUGUUUUGUGAUUUCAAGUUACUUAUGUACGGCAUUCAGUUUCACGUCUAAUAGUUAAGUGAAACUGACGUUGCAUUUUGGUCCGCUCAUUCAAACAGCCGUGACAGAAUAACCCACCACCAAAGGGCCAAGCAGUGUGGAAUGGAGCAGCAGGAGAAAUGGACUUGGGAAGAAAUCCUAGACUGUAUUAGAACACAGAUAACAAACCCAUCUACCUAGACUGUAUUAGAACACAUAACUAAACUCAUCUACCUAGACUGUAUGAGAACACAUAACUAAACCCAUCUAUCUCCUCUCUGAAGUGUGCAUGUGUAACAACUUGAAUUCGACCUUGCACUCCUAAAUCUGAUGCCCGACCGCUAAGUCGAUGACGUGGCACACAACAAUUCGGCACGGCAGGUAGCCUAGUGGUUAGAGCAUUGGGCCACUAACUGAAAGGUUGCUAGAUCAAAUCCCCGAGCUAACAAGAUAAAAAAUCUGUCGUUCUGAACAAAACAGUAAACCCACUGUUCCUAGGCUGGCAUUGUAAGUUAGAAUUUGUUCUUAACUGACUUGCCUAGUUAAAUAAAAACAUUAUGCCAUUUUUAGAAACUUUCUCAAAUGUUCAAGAAUACUGAGAUCAGAUGUUUAAUUUAUUAUAACAUUAUCAGAAUGUUGGCCCCGUUACAUAUUGUCCGUCUUCUCCCACUGCUGCCCUCUGGGCUUCCUCUCAUCACCAUAUUUGGUAGUGAGUGGAAGCCCCCACCGGAUGCUUCAGGUUUUUACCCCUUGUGACACAUCAGUGUUUCCUCUUUUACCUGUGCUAGAACUGUAAUGCAAGGUAUACUCAGGGUUAAAGUCACCAAGGACCAGAAAAAACAGUGAUGUGUCAUACAUGGGUGGUUCCAUAAAAAGAGAACCUGUUGUGCGUAUCAACAUAACAAUGGAACACACAAGAGAAGAGGAUUAAUAGGUUUUGCUCAUAACUUGGCUUCAUAAAAAAAGGAUACCGUAACAUUGAGUGACCAUAACUCAACUAACAGGUAAGAAUGUAACAUUUCUACCUGUACAUCCAGUUUUCUACAGAUUAUUUCACAAGCAAAAAACACUAAAAAGUAAUGAUUAAAGAAUGAUUAUAGUGAUAACUUUGCCCUCUCACAGAGUACAGUAUAACACUAACUUGUGAGUGAUAAGGAAAAGUGACUAACUAGCGAGAACAGAGAGCACAAAUACAUUUGAUGGCAGAUAUUACAAAUGCCACAUUUACAUUUCAUUUAAUUUCAAGUUCUUCCAAUUGUACCUCUCAAUAUAAAUACCUCUGGAACAGGCACAGUAGGACCUGAGCUGUGUUGGAAUACUCAAACUAUCCGCAUGAACAGUACUAUUUGUGAUGUAAAUGGAGAAUGUAUUAUGCUUAUUGGUCAUAGUAUGGAUAGAGUUAUUAUGCCGAAAGUCCCCGGAUGUCGUACUACAUUCAAAAUAGUCAAAAUAGGAAGUAUAACAAGCAGUGGACACUAUUUCAAUGCAAUUCUUCAGAAAAUGGGCGUGGCGUCACAACAUUUUCAGAUUUGAAGAAAAUUGCGAAAAUAUGCAGCUGAAGUCCGAUGAAAGCGGACACAAAUGCAUUGCUUUAAGUAAUUAUGACAAAUGUUAAGAAAAUGUUGAGCAAUGUAAUAAUGUAAUGACUUUUCAAAUAAAUGAUGUUACACGUUAUGUUGGGUGACAAUUUGUUAGGUACGCUAGCCUUACGAACCGUAUAGCAUAUCAUUACAGCAGUUGCUUGUAUGUACCGGUAUGUUAGCUGGCUACCUAACGUUAGUUGGCUACUAAUACAUCAAACUUGCCAGGAUAUUAACUAUAUGCUAUCUAACUAACCACCCAACAUUUAUUGACUUUAUUAUUCAAAUCAUUCUUAGGUUAGUUAAGUGGUAUAGUCAUUGUGCGUUCUCAUUGGACAUUGUUCACAAAGUCGUAAGAUGUCUAGCUAGUCAUUUGUUAGCUAUGCUAACAAGCUAGCAAGAAGUUGCAUAGCAACAGCAUCAACUUCCGGUAGACAGGCAAAGCGCUAGUACACUCAACUGAAAGGAUACCGUCCAUUUACAGUACCAAUAUGAAAUUAUAGUAUGUAGUAUGUACUCAUUAAGUAUGUAGUAUACAGUAUGUAAGUAUGGGUAUUCGAACACAGCACUGGUUUCUUGUUGAAAUUAACUGUAACCUUUUACUCCCUUCUUCAACGUCACUAGAUGGAAAUCAGUAACAUACACAAAAAGAAGACAAUCGUCUUUUCUGUUAUUUUUCUACUUGUUUUGAUAGUAAUCUUAGUUUUGAUCCUCGGCAUUCCCCAUUCAAAGGAUGGAGAAACUGAGAACGGAGGGAUUCAAGAUGGAGGGAUUCAAGAUGGAGGGAUUCAAGAUGGAGGGAUUCAAGAUGGAGGGAUGCAAGAGAUUCUACCUCUAGACAUGGUCCGUUCUUCUGUUGAUGAUAAAUACGAUGGUUGCAGAGAUUUAAUGUUGUGGGCGGUUGAAAACAUGUACCUCUACGAUGAGUUAAACACGAAUCCUCAAUUCAAUACAUCCUGGAACAUAGCAAAACCACAUGCUAUACCACAUGGAGACAGUUUGAAUACAGAGCAUUCCAUUGCUAUCUAUUUGUAUACAAACAAACCAGGACACAAUUCCAGAUCGAUGUACCUGGACUUUAACAAAGCAGUUCAAGAGGGCAAUUCUGCAUAUAUGACAACAUCAUUCAAGUACCAUGCAUUGCAUUUCUACCUGACUGAUGCCAUUCAGAUUCUUAGAGAAAGACAAGAGACAUGUAAGGAAACCUUUCACAGAACCAACAAGAAGUUUGAUCUGAGUGUUCUCAACCACGAGAUCCGUUUCGGCACCUUCGCCACAAGCUCUUUAAGAUCCGACUUAACCAACUUUGGGAACGUGUCUUGCUUUGAGAUCCACACUUGCUUUGGCGCUGAGCUAACUUCUUACUCAGCCUUUCCUGAAGAGAGAGAAGUUUUAAUUCCGCCAUAUGAGAUUUUUGAAGUCACCAAAAUCCAGACAAAGUCACGAGUGAAUAACCUGUUGUGUGAAGUCGUCUACACACUAAAGAGCAAGGGAGUAGACAGUGAUCUGAAUUGCAAAUUGAUUUUGAAUGGAGGAGAAUCAAACAUCAUCAGAGCAUCAGAUACAGGCUACAUAAUUCUCUAUAUUAUGUUGAUUACUACUGUAUAUUACUGAUCAUUACCAACGUACGAUGAGAAGUAGCCUGAUCUGACACAGCUGCCCCAGCUUUACAGUGUAAAGAUCCUGGCUGUGUUCCAGGUCAGCUACAUUGCAGACGCAUGCCUAAUCUCACGCCUGGAUAGGCCUUUAACAUAUCAACUAACCACAUCAUAUCGCAAUCUGAUGCCGAUUGCGCAGUCGAGGACGUGGCACACAACCAUUGGUUGAUGCAAUGCAACAUCAGAAAUUUAUUCGGCCUGUAAUGCAACCCCUGUUCAGGCUUGUUUUAACCAGCAUUGACUGCUACUGUAUUACAAUUGUUGAGAUUAAAUGUCUUGGUCAUAUGUAAUAAUUUCUUGACAUUUGCUGUCAUGUACACCUUGACCACGGCUCGCUACAGUACACCUGGCAGCUUUUGAGGUUUGGGAGGGGAGGGAUUUUUCGGCCUUACGUUGCACGAGACUUGCAAAGAGAGGGGGAGGGGGGCUACCAAAGAUGAUCGUCCCUGGUUUCACCACUAGUCCAACAUCUCAAUGCCCCACAACCAACACUAGUAACUGUCCAGAGGCCAGUGCUCAUGCAAUAAUUGGUUCUGAGUUGCCGAGAUGAAGCCAAAGAGAACCAGCCACUAUCAUCACAUACACAUCUGAGUGACAUUGUGGCUAACAUGAUAAAGCUUCUUUCACAUUACACCAUUUUCAAUAUGCUUAAAAUCACCUUAUGUGCCUGACUGUCAUGCCUAAUGGCUGUACAAAGACAUGACAUGUUAGUACUGGCUUUAAAGCUUGCUUCACAUUUCAUGGUUUACAAAAUCCUACAGUUUACCUUUCACACUAUGCAAGUCUUGACAGGAUUGCACGUGUCUCAUGUCUAAUCUGAAAUUAAUUAUACCAGACAAGCUGACUCAAUUGAACCUAAGGUCAGUUCGUACCGGGUUGUAAGAAUGAGAGUGAGGAAAAAAAUAAAACUUGGAGGACUCUCUGAGGCUGAGUGAGAGGGUUGGGUGAGAGAGCACUGAGAAAGGUUAGUCUUUUCCUGUCUGUGAGAUCACUGGCUGUACGCCUCAUCAGAGUAGGAGUGCUGAUCUAGCAUCAGUUUUGCCUUUUAGAUCAUAAUCAAUACGAUUAUAUGGACAAGGGAUCCUAGAUCAGCACCAGAGCUCCGUACUGCUCACUAAACCAAUCACAACUAGGAGAGAGAGUGGGAAGAGGAGGCUGUAUCAAAGAUGAAUGAUACAGCUACAGUACCUAUCCUAAAUACCAUGCUAGCCUUUUCAUGCAAGUGAUAUUCUGUCGGUUUCAUUAAGUACAUUGUUCACCUGGAAAAACUGGUUUGAGAGACUCAGUCAAGCAUAACCGACAUACGUUGAUAACAUGUAAGAACAAUAUAGGCCAUAGGUUAAUAGAGAGAAAGGACUAUAUGUAGGGUUCUGUCUGGUAUGUUGUUCUACCAUAUGACUAAACACACUGGCCACGUCCAACUCCCCAUACUAACUAGUAGGCUGAUGGAUAUGAGAAAAUACAAUGUUUUAAAGUAUGUGAAAUGUCUUCUAUUGAGUAUGCUUUCAAUGCCAGGACGUCAUUCAUUUCAGCCUUAAUGUCACGUCCUGACCAGUAAAGGGGUUAUUGUAGUUUGGUCAGGACGUGGCAGGGGUGUGUUUGUUUUGUGUGUUUUGGGGUUUUAUGUAUGUUCUAUAUUUUCUAUUUCUAUGUUCCUAUCUAUGUUGUGUAUUU